AUGCCAGGUCAUUCGCGGAGUCGGGAUCGCCAGGAGCCGCGCGAUCGGACACGCGAGCGCGACCAUGAACGUGAGCGCCGGCGGGAACAUCAACGAGAGCGCGAGUAUAUCCGUGGACGCUAUGAGGAAGACGAUCAAGGUGGCGCAUCGAGUCCAAGCCAAGCGCGUGGAAAAUAUCGAUUCCGCGGCGAAGAGGGGUACGAAUCUUACGACACGGGUGACGCUGGAGGAAGCGACUAUGACGAGCGACGGCGACGCGAGCGGAGAGAGAGGCGUCGACAGCGAGAGCGAGAGGAGGAGAGGGCUUAUAGUGAUGCGGUGGAGGAGCGGCGCAGGGACAGGGAAAGAUCAAAGGCCAGAGAAUCCCCUGCGACGUCACCGGUCAAGAAGCGUGACCGUGAGCGCGAUCGCGACGGCCAACGUCGACGACGAGGGAUAGAAGACGAGGAGCGUCACAGGAGAGACGUCCGUGAGCGGCGGCAUCGAGAGAAAGAGCGCGAGAGUGAGCUGGAAAGAGAAAGAUUGAGAAAUCUUGAGGCGGAGGCUCGGCGACAACGGCGAAAGGCCCGUGAGAGAGAAGAGCGACGCGAUCGCGAAUGGGAAAGAGAGGCUGCUGCGGCUGCGGCGGUUGCUGCGAAGCACCAGAGUACGGAGUCGACGGGCAGUGCAUCCCAUUUACUGAGCGCUGAUCCAACGACUCGACUGAUUUCGGAGCACGAAGACGAUGAGCCGCCCGAAUCAUCUCGAGAUGAUGAGGAAUUGCGACGCGAGCGCCGGAGACAGAAGAAGAAAAAGGCCGCGUUGUUGGGCGCUGGAGCUGUGGCUGCCGGGGAUUUGGGGCAGCGUGUGAAGGAAGGAGGAUCGCGGCAUCGAUCAGGCGCUCGUGUCGUGUCUGGAGCCUAUCUGGAAGAAGGACGGGCUCAUGAUAUGAAAAUGCGCCAUCGAGGAGGCGGCGGUCGUGCGGUGGAGAAUGAUUGGAAGCAUGAACAAAGUUGGGAUGGAAGUGAUGGCGACGGUAGCCAAGCACCCAAGUGGAAAUUUUGGGCGUCGUGGUCGAAGAAAAAGAGACUCAUCGUUGGAGCCAUCGUCCUCGGUCUUUUGGUUCUGGCCAUUGCCAUUCCGAUCGCUGUCAGUCAAUCGAAAAGUGGCGACGACGGUGGUUCGGACUCUUCGAAAAGCUCCCCCGAUUCGGGUUCGCCAUCCAACUCGAAUCUGAAUGGCGUCAAUCCAGACAGUAUCCCGUCCUACGCCCAAGGGACCGUCCUUGAUCCCUUUACGUGGUACGACACGGUUGGCUUCAAUGUCACCUUCACCAACGAGACCGUCGGUGGCCUGUCGAUAAUGGGUCUCAACUCUUCAUGGGACGAUUCUGCUCGUGCAAACAGCCAUGUGCCACCUCUCAAUAAAAAAUUCCCCUAUGGGACACAGCCUAUUCGGGGGGUCAACUUGGGCGGAUGGCUCUCUCUCGAGCCAUUCAUCACACCAUCCAUGUUCAAAGGCUACUCAUCCAAUGUUAUUGACGAAUGGACCCUCACGCAGCAGCUGGGCUCUGCAGCAGCAUCGACGCUCGAGAAACACUAUGCAACUUUCAUCACCGAGUCCGACAUUGCCGAGAUCAAAGACGCCGGACUGGACCAUGUCCGCAUCCCGUAUUCCUACUGGGCAGUCACAACCUAUGAAGGUGACCCAUAUGUCGCUCAAAUCAGUUGGCGCUAUCUACUACGAACCAUUGAAUACUGUCGAAAAUACGGAAUUCGUGUGAAGCUGGAUCUUCACGGAGUUCCAGGCAGUCAAAAUGGAUGGAAUCACAGUGGUCACCAAGGCAGAAUUGGCUGGUUGAUGGGGUCGGAUGGUGAUUUGAACCGCAAACGAUCCCUGGAAGUCCACGACCAACUGUCUCGAUUUUUUGCGCAAGACCGGUACAAAAAUGUAGUGACGAUGUACGGGUUGGCCAACGAACCGCUCAUGCUCAACAUCCCCGUUGAAAAGGUCUUGAACUGGACGCAGGAGGCCGCCGAAAUGGUCCGCAAGAAUGGCGUCGAAGCCACGAUUAUAUUUCACGACGGGUUCCUGAAUCUCGACAAGUGGUCCAACAUGUUCAAAAACGGACCAGACAACAUGUACCUCGAUACCCAUCAGUAUACCAUCUUCAACACGGGAGAGAUUGUUCUCAACCAUACGGCCAAGAUUGAUACCAUUUGCAAAAGUUGGUAUCCGAUGAUCCAGCGGGUCAACAGCGCCAGCGAAGGAUGGGGUCCCACUAUCUGCGGCGAAUGGUCACAAGCCGACACCGACUGUGCAGAAUAUCUGAACAACGUGGGCCGAGGAACCCGCUGGGAGGGAACCUACGACACCAGCUCAAGCACCGUAUACUGUCCCACGGCGGACCAAAAGUCGUGCAGCUGCACCAAAGCCAAUGCCGACCCUACUACCUACUCGGACGCAUACAAGAAAUGGCUCCAAACAUAUGCCGAGGCUCAGAUGUCCGCGUUCGAGACCGCGCAAGGCUGGAUGUACUGGACGUGGCGGACCGAGACCGCUGCGCAAUGGAGCUACCGUACGGCUUGGAAGAACGGCUACAUGCCGAACAAGGCGUAUUCGCCUUCUUUCAAGUGUGGGGAUACCGUGCCCGACUUUGAUGCCCUGGGACUCGCUGAAUAUUACCGAUAA